UAACCGCCUUUGGCACGUGCGAACUCGAAGAGCAUCUCAUCGUCUUGAUUUCUAGGGUUUCACUCAAGUCUAUAUCGGAGAAAUUUCGAUCGAGAUCUCUUGGAUUCCAAACCCUCUCCUUCCUUUCGAUCUCGGGCGCUGAAGGACCCGAGUUGGAGAGGGAUCCUUGUGGUCGUAUUGAAUAAGAUGAAGAACCAUGAACGAGCAGUGAACUUAGCGCUUGCAGGUGUAACAUUCGCACCGCUUGUCCUGAAGGUAGAUCCCAAUUUGAAUGUAAUUUUGACAGCAUGCUUGGUUGUUUAUGUUGGCUGCUAUCGGUCUGUGAAGCCAACCCCACCAGCGGAAACAAUGUCAAAAGAACAUGCAAUGCGAUUUCCUUUGGUUGGGAGUGCUAUGCUCUUAUCACUUUUUCUCCUUUUCAAAUUCUUCUCUAAAGACUUGGUCAAUGCAGUUCUCACAUGCUACUUCUUUGUGCUCGGGAUAGUUGCCUUCUCGGCAACAUUAUUACCCAUGAUUAAGCGAUUUCUUCCAAGACAGUGGAAUGAGAAUGCCAUUGUAUGGCAUCUUCCAUAUUUUCAAUCUGCUUCUGUGGAGUUCACCAAGUCUCAGGUUGUUGCUGCAAUUCCUGGGACAUUUUUCUGUGCGUGGUAUGCUUCACAAAAGCAUUGGCUUGCAAACAACAUAUUGGGGAUUGCAUUCUGCAUUCAGGGAAUUGAGAUGCUGUCACUAGGCUCAUUCAAAAUUGGUGCCAUUCUCCUGGGAGGACUUUUUGUAUAUGAUAUCUUUUGGGUAUUCUUUACUCCAGUGAUGGUUAGUGUUGCUAAAUCUUUUGAUGCACCUAUCAAGCUCUUAUUUCCAACAUCAAAUCCUGAACGACCAUUCUCUAUGCUUGGGCUUGGUGAUAUUGUAAUUCCUGGCAUCUUUGUGGCAUUAGCAUUGCGGUUUGAUGUGUCAAGGGGAAAACCGAACCGAUACUUCAAUAGUGCUUUUGCUGGAUAUACAGCGGGUUUGGUCCUUACAAUCUUUGUGAUGAAUUGGUUUCAGGCAGCACAGCCUGCACUUCUCUAUAUAGUGCCUGGUGUUAUAGGUUUUGUGGCUGUUCACUGUUUAUGGAAUGGAGAAGUAAAGGAGUUGCUGGAGUAUGACGAGUCGAAGAAUGCCAUUGAUUCAAGUAGCUGUUCUACAGCAGAGGAUGACGACAAACCCAUAAAGAAAGAGUAGGGGCCGACACCGUGAGUUGCCAGAGCUUCAAUGAUUGACCCGGAGAAAUUGUUAACGAUUUGUUCUUUCACCAGAGAAGCUUUGCGCUUUGCCACUAGCAUGCAUACUCGAACAAUAAUAUAAUAUCAAACUAAUCACUCCUACCGUCGAUCUUUCUUAUUGCCUCAUUAGCAAUAGCAUGAGUAGUUGCUCUCAACCUUUUUAUUUUUUUGUGCUUUCUUGCUUGUUAUAACUUAUAUGUUAUAUUCUGAAAGAUGAACGGAUGGUAUUUAAAGUGGAAUUUUUGUUCUGAAUGAUCACAUUAUAUAUUC